GGAGUAUUUCAACCCAAGAACUAAAGUAACACCAAUACAUGUUCAAUAGGGUUUCCUUUGUUUGGCUAACCUCCUGUGGAUAAGAGCAGAGAAAGCGGAAUCGGAUAUUUCACUUCUUCCUUCUUCUGAAAUAUUGUGGUUUUCCAACACACACACACACACCCCCCCACCCAUCAUUCAUUGCCUUAUAUGUUCUUCUUUUUCUCAUGCUGCACACUGUCACAUAGCACAGAAGAACACAAGACAAACAAGAUGAACAGCUCCCUUGCCAAUGUCUCCGUCAAGUGCGUCCGGGAUAUCAGCGUGACCUCGGUGUUGUUUCCCUGCCUGUACAGCGUCCUCUUCAUAUUCGCCCUGCUGCUUAAUUUCAUAGCAGCGUGGAUUUUCUUCAACAUUCCGAGCAAGUCCACAUUCACGGUUUUUCUAAAGAAUGUGGUGGUGGCUGACUUGUUAAUGACAUUGACCAUCCCCCUGAAGGUCCUAACCGACGCCGGCGUGGGUUCAGGUCCGCUGCGGGCCUUCCACUGCCGUUACACGGCCGUACUCUUCUACAUCACCAUGUACAUCAGCAUCAUCUUGCUAGGCCUCAUCAGCCUUGACCGCUACCUGAAGAUAGUCCGGCCCUUUGGCAAAGGUGCCCUGCAGCGGGUCUGGGUCAGCAAAGUGCUGAGUGCUUCUGUGUGGGUGGUUAUAUUGUCUUUAGCGCUGCCCAAUGUGAUUCUAAGCGACCAGCCGCCACGCUACUCUAACGGACGAAUCAAGUGCACCUCCAUGAAGAGCCAGGCCGGCCUGUUGUGGCAUGAAGGAUUCAACUACUUCUGUCAGGUGAUCUUCUGGGGAACGCUGGCCCUGAUGGUGUUCUGCUACACAUUCAUCAGCAAGAAGGUGUAUGAGUCAUACAAAGCCUCAAAGAGCAGCUCUCAGGCAGCCAGUCGCCGAACCAAGGCCAAGGUCUUUGUUGUGGUUGCUGUCUUCUUCAUCUGCUUCGCCCCGUUCCACUUUACGCGAGUUCCCUACACUCUGACGCAGACCCGCAACGCCAUCAGCCAGUGCCGGAUGAAGAACGGGCUUUUCAUCGCCAAGGAGACCACGCUGUGGCUGUCGGCCACCAAUGUGUGUCUGGACCCACUUAUUUACAUGUUCCUGUGCAGCAUGUUCAGGAGGAGACUCAGAUCCACGCUCAGACGCAAGCCCCUACCCAAGGGAGACUCCCCCACUGCCACGUCCACGCAGCUGGAGAUGUCGCAGGUUGCCAAUAACAACAGAGUAAUACACACUAGCCCACCAAAAUAACACACUGGAACUAUCUAAUAGUCUAAUACAUCUAAUUAAAUAGUGCUUUGAAAAUGGUGGGAAACCUUAAAAAUGAAGGUGAUUGGUCAAAUGUUAGAUAUGUUGUCCAAUUUUGAUAAAACUACCACUAUGGCAACAUCAAAGCUAAUAUUGUAGCUUCUCAGAUGGCAUUGUUUAUAAGUUUCUAGUUUAACUUAUGUGAUGUCUAAACCCGGCCCCUUGCUGCCUCCUCAAAAAAUUGCUGAUUGGUUCGAUAAUUGACGGGCAGAGUCAAUGUUAAGGAAAUAUAAUAUGGAAAACUGACUUUUUCAUCGAUAGUAUUGAUCAACAUGAACAUAAGGGACAAUGCAGAUGCUGCAAGGAAAAAAUGUCCCUGCAGCAGAUCAUGACGUUGCAACAAUGACCAUGCUGUUCCUGCCACACAAUGUCAUUGUCAACUUCCUGAUCUCUAAUCUCCUUGAACCUACACUUUCCCUCUGUAAACUCAAAGGCAAACAUUUAGUCAGCACUUAUGCAUACGCGCACUGCUUAGACUACAGCUGAGAAAAAAAUGGUUGUUUUUGUAUUUUAAAUGACUUUUAUGUUUCAUUUAGGAUGUAAUAAUUUCUGUUGCAUUUUAGCAGGAUUGCACAAUACAUGCUUGAUUUAAUCAUUAAUUGAUUUUCACAAAACAAAACUGCACAAAACUGUGAGUCAAGAGCCGGUUUGAGCACUGCCUGGAAUCCAGUGGCUUUGUAGUACCCACCCUGCCAGCACCCAUAAAGCAGGGUAACCCCCAUACUGAUAAUCGGGACAAAUUUGAAAUUUGUUUUCCCCUUUCCGAUCAAUGUCGGCAAAAGCCAGGUUACCAGAUGUCUCUGAAAUAUUAUGCUGAGCAAUUAUCCACUGGUGUGGGGAGUGUUAAGAGUGAUUUUUCCUUUUCCAAUUGGUCGUGAGCUGACAAUCGUAAAUGUUGAACCUGUUCAAUAUAUACAGUUGAAAAUUGUCUUGUGUGUAGUCACCACGAUUUUUAGGCGAGGCAUCGUUAUGUCAGUCAUCUCAAGUACAACAUACACAAUUUGAAUAGUAAGAACACACGAUUUUUUUCCCCAGCGAUGAGUGGGGUCUGUCACAUUCUAAAAAUCAGUUAAGAUGUAAAAAAUAUGUACAUGUACCCCACAGUUUUUUUAGUAACCUGUGUUAUUGUAAAAGUAUUGAACAUACUGUAUAUGUGAUGUACCGUAUCAUGGUUUAUUACGAAACACGUAAGUGGGGUACACGGUACACACAUACCGACAAUCGGGUCAAAUAUGAGCAUUUUCCCUCCCUUGCGAUUAAAGUCAGCAAAGGUGCGAUUGUCGGAUGUCUCUAAAAGAUUAUGAUGAGUGAUUAUUCUGUGGUCUGGGGUGUGUUGAGAGUGAUUUAUUUUUUGGUCACCUGCUUUACUGUAAUAUUUGACAAAGAUUGAACGUAUCAUAAUUUUAUCAGCAAACACUAAACAGAACAACCUAC